CACCGGAGGACUUUAACGCGCGUACGGCACUCAGAGCGGACGCCGCAUGUGUGUUUAAAGAGCAGGCUGGCUGUGACAUUCACGUCACUCACAUCCGGCCCGGGAUGCAAUGCGACUGGCCUCUGUUGGGGCCGCUGCAGUGGAUGCGGUACGUCAACAGGCAGGUGAAGGUGAAGGCGGGGAAGGAUGAGGAGCGGCGCGGCUGGCUGCUCACCGUGGACCCGGUCUCUGCCAGCCUGGUUCUGGUGAACUUCCGGGAGGAGGGGAGGGCGUCUGUGCAGGUGGUGAUGGGCCACGCCGUGCAGGAGGUGGAGAUCCUGCAGGAGGCGGAUGAGGAGACCACGGAGCGCCUCAGGACCUCCUUCCUGCCCCCGGAGACCCGCAGCCUGGACCCGGAGGAGCUGAGGAGGAGGAGGGGGGGCGUCCGGAGGUGGCUGGAGAAGAACCGGUUCCCCGUGGAGGAGGAGGGGGACGAGCUGAAGGUGGCGGGGGUCCUGACCAUCACGGCCCCGUACGGACCUGAGGACUGCUGCAGCUCCAACCAGAUCAUCCUGGACCGCAUCCAGAAACUGAUCCAGAAUCCGAUCCAGCUACAACCAGAUCAUCCUGGACCGCAUCCAGAAACUGAUCCAGAGUCUGAUCCAGCUCCAACCAGAGAAUCCAGAGACUGAUCCAGCCUGAUCUGGCUCCAACCAGAUUACGCAGAAUCUGG